AUGAUCAAAUAAUUAAAUUAAGAGUCUAUUUUACAUAUAUCAACAUCUUCAACUCUAUAGAGUUUAGCAAGUUUUGUUAAAGAAUUAAUCGAGAAUUCGAUAGAUGCUUAGUCAACAUAAAUUAUUGUGAAUUUUUUUAAUAAUGGCAAAGAAGGUUUUGAAGUAAUUGAUAAUGGAAUUGGAAUUUCAACUAUUAAUUAAAAAUAAUUGGCUACUAGAGGAGGUACAAGCAAAAUUUAAAAUUUUGAAGAUUUGGAAGUAUCAUAUGUAUAUUAUUAAGUUUGUUCUUACUCAUGGAUUUAGAGGGGAAGCUUUAAAUUCAAUAGCAACAUUAUCAAAUGUAACAAUUAUUUCCAAACAUAAAGAUGAAGAACUAGGAUGGAAAUGGGAAAUACCACAAGAACCAACGAAAAUAGCCAGAUAAACAGGAACAUCAAUUAAGGUAGAAAAUAUAUUUUAUACACUUCCUGUUAGAGCAUAAGAGUUUAAAAAGAAUUAUAAAAUAGAAUAUAAUAAAGCUAUUAAUAUAUUGACAGAGUAUGCAAUCAUUAAUACAAAUAUUGAAUUUAAAAUCUAUAAUGAAGAAGAAGUAUAAUUUAAUUAAUUAAUUAAAGAAAAAUAAGAAAAAGCUCGUCUUAGAUAGUGGAUUGGCAAAUCAAAAUAUGAAAUAAAGAAUAACAAAUGUUUUAGGAGAGUCUAUUGCCAACGACUUAAUCCCUUUUGAGAAGAUCUAAUAAGAUUUUACAUUAAAUGGCUUUUUAAGUAAAAGUAUUGAAAGUGGAAGUUAUAAGGGAUAAACUAGAAAAACAUUUUGGUAUUGUUACAUAAAUAAAAAACCUAUAAAUCCUCCCAAAUAAAUAUUAUAAGUUAUGAGAGAUAUCUAUAGAUAACAUAAUCCUAAUGGAAACUUUUUUUUUAUAUUAGAAAUAAAUCUAAGACAAAUAAAUGAUGCAGAUUUCAAUGUUAGUGUUGACAAAAGGGAUGUAUAUUUGAAAAACGAAAAAUUUAUAAUUGAAAAUAUUGAGUAGAUUGUUAAUGAAACUUUAGAAAAAAAUAAAGAAAAACUAAAGUAUAUUGGAAAAGAUGGAAAUUUAGAUUAAUUUAUUAUGGCAACAACAAAAUAAACUGAAAAACAAGCAAUUUCACAAAAUGUUGUUUAAACAGAUAAACGAAAAGAUUUAUUACCUUAAUAAACAAAAGAAAUUUAAAAAAGAAAUAGUACAUUCUUGAGUUAACUUAAGAAUUUAAAUCCCUAAAAGACUAUCCAAAACGAAUUUAAUUAAAAUGAAUCUUAGUACACAUAACAAUAAUAAGACUAAUAAUAAUAAUAAUAAUAAUAAUAAUAAUAAUAAUAAUAAUAAUAAUAGUAAUAAUAAUAAUCAAUUUCAUAAUAAAAUAAUCAAACAUUACAAUUUAAAGUAAAUGACAUGGCUCAAUAAAAAGAAGAAAAAUAAUUAUUUGAAGCUGAUGAAUUUGAAUAAAUAUCAAAAUAAAAUCAUUUUCUCAAAGAAAAUUUUAAUAACUUAUAAAUUAUUGGUUAAUUUAAUAAAGGAUUUAUUAUUUGUGAGCAUUAAGAGAAAAUAUAUGUCCUUGAUUAGCAUGCAUGUGACGAGAAAUAUAAUUAUGAGAAGUUAAUCAAUCAAUUAAAAUUCAAUAGAGCUUAAUUAAUUGUACCAAUAACUCUUAAAUUAUCAGGAUUUCAAUUAGAAUUGUUAAUAGAUAAUUAAUAAUAGAUAAAUGAAAAAUUUAAAUAUUAAGUGGAAAUAACUGAUAAUUGUGUUAAAUUAAAAACAUGCCCCAGCUACAGUAAUAUUUAAUUAGGAGCUGAUGCUCUACUCUAAAUUCUAGAUUAGUUGAGUCAAGGCAAAAGAUUAGAUCAAAUUGAGAUCCCUUAAAUUAAAUAGAAAAUAGCCUCUUAAGCCUGCCGAACUUCAAUAAUGGUUGGUUCCGAUUUAUAAACAAAAGAAAUGGAAAAUGUAGUCAAAAAUUUAACAACAUUAAUAUCUCCGUGGAAUUGUCCUCAUGGAAGACCAACAUUGAUUUAAGUACAACAACCAAAAUAAACUAAAUUUAAUAAAGGAUUUAGCAAUGAUUUGUUGUAUUGA